CACAUAUGCUCCUUUAGGUUGGAUUUGCUGGAACUUUCCUAAGGAAUUUCAGAUUAGACUUUUCAAAGCCUUGAGGCUAGAAAGCAAACCCUAGGAUUUGCUUUUAGACGCUGCCUGUAAUACCUGCAUGAAUUGGGAAAAUUCUCUCUUCUUGAGGUCCAAAAAUAUCUUGUGGUUUCCAGGCUUGUGACAUUGUUUUCUUACUGCAAGAUCAGGAAGCUUAUAGACAAGGUAUCAGGCCAGUCUUAUCAAGGGGCUUUUUGACAAAGAUAAGUCUUUGUAAAGUCAACAUUAGUUCCUCAAAGCAGUCUGGUCAUAUCUGAAAGGAUGUCAUUCACAUCAAAGCAUCAGUAAAAUAACCAAUGUACCCAGUGGGUCCUGAGCAUAUCCAAUGUGUCCCGUCACAACAGAAAACAGAUUUUUUUUUUUGGGAGACAGAGUCUCAAGCUGUCCCCCUGGGUAGAGUGCUGUGGCAUCACAGCUCACAGCAACCUCCAACUCUUGGGCUCAAGCGAUCCUCUUGCCUCAGUUUUUUCUAUUUUUAGUAGAGACAGGGUCUUGCUCAGGCUGGUCUUGAACUCAUGAGCUCAAGCAACCCACCUGCCUGGGCCUCCCAGAGUGCUGGGAUUACAGGCAUGAGCCACCACGCCCAGCCAGGGAACAGAUUGUUAUUGACCUUAUGCAAAUAAUUACAUUGCCAUAAAAUGAAAAUACAAACAGUUUCCAAAUUUUGAGGUAAUCAGGUACAGCAGCAGUUCUCAACCUGUGGGUCGCAACUGACCCACAGGAACUAUAUUUUAAAGGGCCGUGGCAUUAGGAAGGUUGAGAACCACUGAGGUAGAGAGAAAGGUAAAUUUUCCAUUUUGCUCACAAAGGUAUCUUUUACCCAAUUGCUAUUAACCAUAAAUAGCUCCAAAGAAAAAUAGUUCUCUCAGGGUGGUGCCUGUGGCUCAAAGGAGUAGGGUGCCCGCCCCAUAUGCCGGUGGUGGCAGGUUCAAACCCAGCCCCGGCCAAAAAAUGCAAAAAAAAAAGAAAAAAGAAAAAUAGUUCUCUCAAUUCUAGAAAACAAAAUACAAAAAGAAUCAGCAAUGUUUCAAACAAAAAGUCACAAAAACCAUUUCAGUCCUCCAUCAGUUCGGUCCUUGUGAUUAAUCUUGUUCUGCUUCAUGAUGGGUUAACAAUCUUCAUGAACACAUCAGUAUUUUUUUUUUUUUUUGAGAUUGGAGUCUCAAGCUGUUGCCUUGGGUACAGUGCCAUGGCGUCGUAGCUCAUAGUAACCUCCAACUCUUGGGCUCAAGCGAUCCUCUUGCCUCAGUUUUUCUAUUUUUAGUAGAGAUGGGGGUCUUGCUUUUGCUCAGGUUGGUCUUGAACUUGUGAGCUCCAGCAAUCCACCCGCCUCAGCCUCCCAGAGUGCUGGGAUUACAGGCGUGAGCCACCACACCCAGCCGACACAUCAGUAUUUUAUUAGCGUUCUGGAAGUUUAUACUUAGUCCAGUAAUAUGAUCUCCAAAGUUACCAGAAAUCUGUAAUCUGCAAGAUCUGUGUCUUUUCAAUUUCUAUAUCUUGCCCAGGCCCAUUCCCAAAAGCUAUCAGAUGUGGUAGUCUCCUUUCCCUGUGGGGGCUGCAGGGGUGGGGACUGAGCGGUGCUAACCCACUAGAAGUCCUUCCACAUCCACAGCAAGGAUUCACAUCCCAACUGUGCCACUUCCAAGCUGGGUGACCUUGGGCCAGCUGCUUGACCUCUCUGAACCUCCAUGUCCUUCUCGGUACAACAACAAUAACAGCACCUAUCUCGCAGGACUGUCGUGUGGGGAUGAGCGCGCUCACCUGGCACACACUAGGCGCUCCAUGAAUGGGGCUGGCUGCUAUAAUUACUUUUCCCGGGUGGGGGCGGGACGAGGGCCGGUAGUCAGGCCUAUAUUUAGCGGGGAGAAGUGGGCUGUGGGCUCUGGGAGACAAAGAGCCUCUGUCUUUGUCCUCCUGCCCCCGGGGCGGAGCCGACGAAAGACCAGCGGCGGUCACCACCUCCCGCCCUCCCCUUCCGCGGGGUCACCUUGGACUCUCUCAGACCCAGUGUGCUCUGAUUCCAGCAGCCACUUGUUCCCUGCGCAACCUUCAUUCCCCUCAAACUGGCGGAGGAGGCUGCUGGGUAUGGGGGUGGUCAGCCGCCCGGGGAAGCUGCUCCUUCCCAGCCCCGUCCGCCCACGGCCCAGCUCCGCGGCCAGGCUGGCCAGGUAGGGGUCUCACUGGGCUAGGGGCGCCAAGAUAAGCCUGCUCCGGUAAGGGGCGCGGGACUCGGAGCCAGUCCGGCUCCUCCCUUCCCCCCAACCUUGCGCUGAUGAGUGUCGGGGCUGCAAAUAGCCCAGUGGAAUCAGUGAGUCACCGAAGCUGGAAAUACCGCACCCCCUCUUGGCCGCCCCUCUCCUCCUGACCGCAGCCAGCCGGAGCUGCCCUGCGGCGCGCUCCUGGAGGGGCGGGGCGAGGGUCCCACCAGGGAGCCUCCCAGGCUCCCUGAACCAACCAGCACAGUCCCAGACCUUCUCCCCUUCCCACGCCCUUCCCCAGGUUCCCACCGGCCCUGUCCCAGGCCUGUGGAACCCUGAGCCAGUCAGGCAGCCUCUCUGGGCCUCAAAGUCCACAUCAAGACGGGCUUCAAGAGGGCAGAAGAGCUGGUGCACCUCUGGGUCCCUGCGCCUGGCACAAUGCCUGGCACAUAGUGGAAGGACAAAGUGUCUUUCUUGGAUGAAAGAAUGAAUAAAAAGGGAAGGAAGGGGCAGGCAGCUGGAAGAGAGGGUGCUUCAGGGACUGCACAGAAAUAAUCCUGGGGUUCCUGCUCAUGUGGGCCUGGGGAGCUCACGGAGGAGCCCAAGGACACCCCUAUUUUCUGUAAAGUCUUAAGCUUUAACUGGAGCUAUCACCCCUCCCCAGAUCCCAAAGAGGAGAUGCCUCGCCCGCAGCAGACAGGACUUCAGUUAGAGGCAGAGGACCCCAGAAGACAAGGAUUCCAGCCCUGACUUCUGCAAUGCCUUCUGUGCACAGGCUCCUGGCUGUGAGCUGUCCAGCAGCCCAUUUGAUCUCCCACACAGCUGAGAAGGAGCCAACAUCAUUCUCAUUUUAUAGACAGGGAAGCGGAGCCUUGAAGAAGGGGGUCCAGCACUUGUGUAAGCAGCAGAGCUGGAAUUCAAACCCAGAUGUGUUGGAUCCAAAGCUUCCCAGAGGCCAGGAUGACUUGAACGUAUGCAUAUGGAGACGGAAUGCCUGGAGGGACUUGAGAAGCCCCUCUUGGACACUCCCUGGUCUGCAGAGCCAGGAAUGGCCUCAUGCUGGACCACAGCAGAUGCCAGGGAAAGGCCUUUUUGGAGGCAGCAGGUCCCCUACCUGCCCAGGUUGCAAUGUGGGACUUCCGCUGUCCUGUAGCUCUUGCCCUUUCUGCCCAAACCAGUGUCAGUUCCCUCCCCCGGGAAGCCUCUCUGACUGCUCCCACUCACACAGCCCACACCCCAGAGGCCCACAGUACUGGCUGCCCUUGCCCACCCCCAGCCCCUAGCAGGGCAGCAUGGUCUUCUGCGACUCUCUGCUGUGUCCCCUCUCUCCUACCUUACUGGCAGCUUCCCUGGGACAGGGGUUCACCUGUCUCUGCAUUAGACUGGGAAGUGGGGACUGUUUCUCUUUUAUAUGAGAGAACCCAGUCUGGAGCUUCAUCCUCAGGGGGCUCCGUCUAUAGGGGUAUUAGGGGUGCUGUGUGAAGUGGGGGCUGGGCAAGGGACAGGGGACAGCUGGGGACCAGGGUGGUGCCUGGGACAAGAGGAUCUGUCAUCUCUGCUGGCGAUUCCUGCUGGGUAUGGGCCUAUGUCACCCAUCCUGGCAGAGGGGGUUCUAGGACUACUGGGAAGUCACCAGCACAAAGGGACCUGAUGGAGGAACUGGUGGGCCUUCGUGAAGGCUCCUCGGGGAACCCUGUGACUCUGCAGGAGCUGUGGGGCUCCUGUCCCCGCAUGCGCCGGGGCAUCCGAGGUAGUCUGGAGUGGCUGAAGCAGAAGCUGUUCCGCGUGGGUGAGGACUGGUACUUCCUGAUGACCCUGGGGGUGCUCAUGGCCCUGAUCAGCUAUGCCAUGAACUUCAUCGUCAAGCGUGUGGUCCAAGCGCAUAAUUGGCUAUACCGGGAGAUUGGGGACAGCCACCUGCUCCGGUAUCUCUCCUGGACUGUGUACCCUGUGGCCCUCGUCUCCUUCUCCUCGGGCUUUUCCCAGAGCAUCACACCCUUCUCUGGAGGUUCUGGGAUCCCAGAGCUGAAGGUCAUCUUGUCAGGUAUAGUCUUGGAAGACUACCUGGAUAUCAAGAACUUUGGGGCCAAGGUGGUGGGCCUCUGCUGCACCCUGGCCACUGGCAGCACCAUCUUCCUGGGCAAAGUGGGCCCCUUCGUGCACCUGGCUGUGAUGCUUGCUGCCUACCUGGGCCGUGUGCGCACCACGAUCAUCGGGGAGCCUGGGAACAAGAGCAAGCAAAAUGAAAUGCUGGUGGCAGGGGCCGCGGUGGGUGUGGCCACAGUCUUCGCAGCACCCUUCAGUGGUGUCCUGUUCAGCAUUGAGGUCAUGUCUUCCCACUUCUCCGUCUGGGAUUACUGGAGGGGCUUCUUUGCUUCCACCUGUGGGGCCUUCACAUUCCGGCUCCUGUCAGUCUUCAACAGCGAGGAAGAGACCAUCACCAGCCUCUUCAAGACCAAUUUCCCAGUGGACAUUCCCUACGACCUGCCAGAGAUUUUCUUUUUUGUGGCACUGGGGGCCAUCUGUGGCAUCCUGAGCUGUGCUUACCUCUUCUGCCAGAGAACCUACCUGGGCUUCCUCAAGACCAAUCGGUUCUUCUCCAAACUGCUGGCCACUAGCAAGCCUCUGUACUCCGCCCUGGCAGCCAUGAUCUUAGCCUCCAUCACCUACCCGCCUGGCGUGGGCCGCUUCUUAGCUUCUCGGCUGUCCAUGGCUGAACAUCUGAGCUCGCUGUUUGACAACAAUUCCUGGGCACUGAUGACCAGGAACUCGUCCCCACCUUGGCCCAAGGAGCUCGACCCCCAGAACCUGUGGCUUGAAUGGUACCACCCACAGUUCACCGUCUUUGGGACCCUCGCCUUUUUCCUGGUUAUGAAGUUCUGGAUGCUGAUUUUGGCCACCACAAUCCCCAUGCCUGCCGGAUACUUCUUGCCCAUAUUUGUCUGGGGAGCUGCUGUUGGGCGCCUCUUGGGGGAGGCCCUCUCUGUCGCCUUCCCUGAGGGCAUCGUGGCUGGAGGGGUCAUCAAUCCUAUUGUGCCUGGAGCAUAUGCCCUGGCAGGGGCUGCAGCCUUCUCAGGGGCGGUGACCCACACUAUCUCCACGGCACUGCUGGCCUUCGAGCUGACUGGCCAAAUUGUGCAUGGACUGCCCGUGCUGAUGGCAGUGCUGGCAGCCAAUGUGAUUGCCCAGAGCUGUCAGCCCUCCUUCUAUGACGGUACCAUCAUCGUCAAGAAGUUGCCAUACCUGCCCUGGAUCCGGGGCCGAAAGAUCAGCUCCCACCGUGUGAUUGUGGAGCACUUCAUGAACUGCACCAUCACCACACUGGCCAAGGACAUGCUGCUGGAGGAGGCGGUCAAGGUUGUGACUUCCACAGACGUGGCUGAGUACCCCCUGGUGGAGACCACAGAGUCUCAGAUCCUGGUGGGCAUUGUGCAGAGGGCCCAGUUGGUGCAGGCAUUCAAGGCUGAGCCUCCUUCCUGGACUCCAGGACCCCAGCGGUGUCUCCAGGACCUUUUGGCUGGGUGCUGCCCCACAGAGCCAGUGACACUGCAUCUGUCCCCAGAGACCUCCCUGCACCAGGCACACAACCUCUUCGAGCUGUUGAACCUUCAAUCACUCUUCGUAACAUCGCAGGGCAGAGCUGUGGGCUCUGUGUCCUGGGCCGAGAUGAAGAAAGCAAUUUCCAACUUGACUAACCCACCACCCCGGAAAUGAGCUAGUCCGCCAGGAAGAAAUGAUGCCUCAGAUGCAUCCCCCUGCCCACCCCACCCCCCGUGACCAAGGCUGGGUGGAGACCCUGCCUCUCUUCCCCAUCGCAACACACCCCUCUCCUGCAGCCCAGCUCAACUCCUAGGGGAUUUGAAGGACAAAUCCCACCUUAGACAGAGCUCAGAAUGUGAAAUGGCAGAAAAACAGCACAUGGCAGAUGCUUAGUGAAUGUUCAUGAAUGAAGAGAUUAGAUUAUGCUGUCACCAAGGGCAGCCACAGCUGCCUUCUGGGGGUUUGUCUAACUCCCAACUGGAGGCCUCUGAGAAAAAUAAAGUUAGUGUCUCACCUCAA